ACGUACACAUCUCAGCUCUAUACCUUUCAUUUCACACUUACAUUCAUACCUAUAUAUAUAUAUAUACUUAUAGCCACCCACCACCCAUAGGACACUAAGCAAGAAUUGAAGCUCAUCAGAAAAUGUCCAAGAAAUUGUUCCACUGGAGAAAUGAGUCAGGAGAGCUUGAUGUCUUUGAGGCUGCAAACUAUUUUGCCGGUUCCAAUGAUCAUCAUCAAGUUUCUAAUUGCCACAACAAUAAUAAUGGUCCCACUUUCUCCCACAAGCUUCUUAGACAGGGCUGCAACAAUCAAGCCUGGAGAAGUAGUGGAAGAAUGAGCCUAGACAUGCCUCCUGUCCCAGCCAUCAAACUUUCCUCCACCCCAUUUGGCACAUCAUCACAAAUGGAAAAGCCUGCAGUAUCAGCCAUGAAAGGCAAAAUUCCAAGCUCUCCAGGAGGGAAGCUAGCCAGCUUCUUGAACUCCCUCUUCAACCAAAAAACUAGCUCUAAGAAGAAGAAGAAACAGAAAUUGAACUCGAACGAUAAUGAAGAUUCUCAAACCCCAUCUGGGUGGAUUAGGAGGAGGAGAAGCAGCUUAAGUGAACUCUAUGCAAAGAGAAGCUCAUCAAACACUACUGUUUCUGCAUCUUCAAAUUCUGGGUUUAGAACACCCCCUCCAUAUCCCAAGAACUCAUCAUGCAAGGAUAAUCACAACCCAGAAAGCAUGUUUAAGUUCAUCAGCAGUGGGAUUAGUUCAGAGAGGAGGACGAUGAUGAUGACGAGCGUUCAUCACUGGGCAGAUGAAUAUCCAUCAGAAGAGCAUGAAGAAAGAAAGUUUGAGGAUGAUUAUGAUCAGGGGACAGAUAGUGAUUCCAGCUCUGAUCUGUUUGAUUUGCCAAACAGAGAAUUAUUGGAUUGCUAUUCAACUGGUUUGCCUGUUUAUCAGACUACCCAGAUGAAUGCUAUCAACAGUAGUAAUGCACCCAUUUCUGCCACCGUCAUUUGAUUUGAUUUGAUUUGAUUUUGUUCGUUCUGA